UGAGAAGGGGAGUUGUGCACUGGGGACAAGUUCUAAUUGUCCGGCGAGAGCGGAAUCCUCCAGAAAUAGCUCGCCUGUCACUCCGUCCAGUCCCCCCCCAAAGUCCUGCCCAAGUGGGAAGGAGGAAGGAACCGGCGCGCAUCGAGAGCACUUCGAACUCAGAGACCCCGACACCGGAUCCCUGAGCGUGGUCUCCGAGCGCAGAGACCUCGGCCAAGGGGCCGCUUUGCAGCCGCAGCCGGGGACGCCAGAAAUCGAGAGACGAUUGAGGGGUGGAAACGGAAACCCCAAGGAGGGAGUUCUCGGAACUUUUCUCAUGGCUCCAAACACCUACGAUCUCCUAACCCGUGAGGGCAGCACUGGGCGGACACAACCAGACGGGGAUGCUCAUCGCCUCCGGGAGGCUCUAGGCGGGUCCCAGGCCUCCCUGGCGGAGGACCGCGCCCCACCGACCGCAGGCCUCAGAGCCCAGAGACGGGGCUUCCUCAGGCUUGGACAAAAGACUUUGGAAGGUACUCUGUGGUGGAAGUGUAGACACAGCCCAGGCUCCUUUUUUCUGGCUAGUCUCCUAAGACUGCUGGGGGGAAUGUCACUGACUCACACUACAGGUCUACUUUUGCUGACACUGCUGCUGCUAAAACCCGGGAAGACUCUGCGCUAUGCUCACUCGCUCUGCCUCAACUUCAAUGUCACAUCUCAGUCCACAUCCGGACAGCCCUGGUGUGAAGUCCAGGGCUCAGUGGACACAAAGCCUCUCCUCCAGUAUGACAGUGACAGCAACCAGGUCACAGCUUCGGGCCCCCUGGGGGAGGAGGUAAAUGGCACCAAAGCAUGGAGCGACUUGACUAGAACCCUGGGAGAAGUGGGCCCAGAGCUCAGGAUGUUCCUGUCUGUCAUCCAGCUGGGGACAAAGGAGACCAGGGCUCCUCCCCGGCUGCAGGCCAAGCUGUGCUGUCAGCUUGAAGCAGAGCGAGGCACCACUGCCUCCUGGCACUUCAGCUUCGAUGGGCAGACGGCCCUCCUCCUUGACGCCAUGGACAUGAACUGGACAGUCGUGAAUCCCGGAGCCACAGGGAUCAAGGAGCAGUGGCAGAAGGACCAGGACCUGGCAGAGCGUUUCAGGAAGCUCGCAGUGGGAGACUGUGGUCACUGGCUGAGGGAAUUCCUAGGACACUGGGAGAAUGUUCCGGAGCAGGAGCCCACAGAACCACCGCUGGAGCCCUCAGAUAACCAGCAGUUACCAGCAAGGAUCAUCCCCCCCUCAGGCCUACCUGUCACUACAGACGUCAACGUCAUCGGCAUCAUCAUUGGCGUCCUCAUCGUCCUCCUUGUCAUUGUCCUCAUCAUUGUCCUCGUCAUCAAGAGUUGUGAUAGGAGAUCAGGUACCCCGGCAGCUGUUCCAUCAUCUGGUGUUUCUUCUCUGGACCAACCCGUGGUGGCAGAGACUGAGCUUUGAGGACAGGCUGGCUGCUGCAUUAUUUUCUACUCAGAGGUCCGGAACUGUGUUCCUCUGAACGUACAAGGCCUUUACAGAGACUCAUAAGUUUGGAGUUCCAUCUUGGUUCAGCAGAAACAAAUCUCACUAGUAUUCAUGAGGACGCAAGGUUGAUCCCUGGCCUCACUCAGUGGGUUAAGAAUCUUGCGUUGCCAUGGGAGGAAUAUAAACACAAAAAUUCUUAACAAAAUUUUCUCAUACUGAAUCCAACACAUAAAGAAGAUCAUACCCCAUGACCAAGUGGGAUUCAUCCCAAGUUCGCAAGCAUGGAUUGGCAUACCAAAAUCAAUCAGUGUAAUACACCACAUGAACAAAGAAAAGUAAUAAAACCA